UGGAAACAAAGAGGCAACCCGAGUAAUCAGAAUAAAAUCCCAGUAAUAGGCAGGGAUCACCUCACUGAUACUGGAGAAUGUGUGUGGCUCGAUGUCUCAUAGAAAGCACGGAAUUGCAUCCAAAGCGCGCGUGAUAAGAUCGCCGCCUUAAUACGAGCCACACUUUAGAUCCGCCUUAAGAGGGAACGCCCACACUCCACGUCAUCCAAUCGAAGCCUCCCUCCGCCGCCCGGAUUCAUGGUUUUCGCCCGUUCGGCCACUUCCGUCAGUUUCCGCCGGUACCUACUGCGCAGAACCCUUUUCUCCUUUCCUUCCCGCCGCUUCCCCCGGCUUCCCUUCCAGCCGCGGUGCGCAUGCGUCCCUCCAAGGCGGGGCCGGGCAGGGAGUUGUUGUGGAGCUGCUAGGGAGCACGUGAAGAGAGCAACGUCAUCAUAAACACUCGUAGCCAACAUGGCGGCUCCUGGGAGCGGAAAGGUAAGAGGAAGGGAGGAUGAAGGGAGUUUUUGACCCGCUGUGGGGAGGCAGUGGCGGCUGGGAGGGUUCCCUGAGGGGCUCCGGGGGUGGGAGAGGCUGCUUCUCCCUUCGCUGACCCCCAGAUACUGCACAGUUGACGGGGGCGGUGGGGAGAGAAGGUGGGAAUGACUCGGUGCUCCUGCCUGGCGGUGCGGGUAAAGGCCUUUGGCUUGGCUGGCGGUGGGCCGUUAGGAAAGGGGGGGGGUCUUUGGCGGGAGGCGGGCUGUUUCUUAACCUGAUUGGCUGAGAGAGGUAAGAUUCUUACACGUGGAAUUGGUAAGGCCAGGGGGUUGUGCUACUGCGCUGAGGCUGCGUGAAACCCUCCAGUCUGGAGGUGGCAGGCAACGCGGGUUUCCUCGGAAGAAAACAUCUCUUAAGGCUGAAUAAUUUACGCAGCCUUCGCUGCCAUUCCUCCUUUUACACUUUUAAAUUAUUAAUCCUGUUUUACAAGAUAGCCGCUUUACACCAGCAUUACCGGAGAGGGAACCUGUCCAAACCUUUUGCUGCUUUCUCACUUCUUGUACUCUGUGUCCAAAAGAGGAGUUUUUUUGUUUUUGUUUUUUAAAGCCUGUUAGGAAGCCAAACUAAAUCGGUCUUGUGUCACUAAAAGCUCUUGAACUACUGUUAUCAGGGACCAGCUGUUGCGUUGUUCAAAUUUACUGUGGUUGACAUUUACUGUCAGAGUGUCAUUAUUAUUUUCUGGUAAGAUGAUUCAUGAGGUUAACUGGCUGUCUUGUAAAGUGAAAUGCUCUUAAGAGGCAGGGCAGUCAAGAGUGCAGCAGAGAAAUAUGGCAGGUUGAUGACCUGGUGGUGAUUUUAAUGUCAGGAUGUGAAACACUGAAGGAGCAGGGGCAUUUUUAUAGAAGGUAAUCUUUCACUACAGUGGUGUACUUUUCACAGUGAUUGGUUUAACAGUGUGAUUUGGAGAAGUGACUUAGACACAUUUGGUGUUGCAUUUCCAAGACAGCAUUGAGACUUCAGCAUAGUGGCUUCCAUAUGCUAAUUACAUGUUAUAUGGAAAGGUACUUUCUUUUAUUUACCAUAAAUCUACUCUAAUUCACUUCAUUGUAUUACUUGUAAGUUCUGGUAUUAUAAAAGUGAGAUAAAUAUAGCUCCACUUCCUCCAUACCCUGCAUUAUUUUAUAAACUUUUAUAAUGUUCCCCAUUAUUCACAUUUCUCCCAAAACUUAAAAAGCCCCAAAUUCUUUAGCCUUUUGAUGGGAAACUGCUUCAGGCUCUUGAAUAUUUUGGCUGCCAUGUUCUUCACUUUUUCAAUUAUUAUUGUGUGCAAUUGUGGUCUCAAAAAAGGAUAUAGUAUUCUAAAUGUGGCUGUGCUGUAGGUCUAUAUAAGGUAUUGAGAUAUGGCUGUCUUAUUUUCACUUCCUUUCUUAUUUGUAGCUUUAAAAAAAACCUACUGCUGCACAAUGAGUUGUCAUUUUUGUUGAGCUAUCCACCACUAACCCUGGAACUCUUUCUUGAUCAGUCACUCAAAAUUCAGACCCUCUUUGUUGAUGUGAAGUUAGGAUUUUUGUAGCUGUAGAUUGAUAAAGCUGUGUAUUUCUGUACUUAACCCAGGGGUGGCUGGUGCCCAUGGUAUUGAUGGGGUGGAAAGCAGGGAGAUUGACAGUAGGUGGAGCCAGAGCCAAUGCCCAGCAGAGCAAAUUCUAGUUUUGCUCUAUCCUUCCUGUUGAAUUCUCUAAAGCAGUGGUUCCCAAUUAGCUAAUUACUGAGGAUUCCCUAUUUUUCAAAAGCUAAGCCACAGACCCGCUACUUUUGAAAAUUUUGAUAACUCUAUGGUAGUUACCUGUGCAAAGCAAUUUUUUUGAAGAAAAUGUGGGAUGGCCCCUAAUAAGCAAAGAAUUUUAGGUAAAAAAAAAGACCAUAAAAUUUGCAGUUAGAAGUUCUUUUCCGUUAAAAAGUAGAGAGCAAGGGGAAGCGAUCCCUUACAUUUUUAAAAUGAUAAGCAUGUGAACCUGCCCUGUGGAGCAAGCCAUUUGCGCUCUCUCGCUCUCUCUCCCCUCUAAUUGCAAGAGCCCGAAGAAACUGUGUCAGAGGUAAUCCCAGCUCACUUGCCAUCCAGCAACUCUUUCACAAGUUUUCCCCUGGCAGCAAGCAGGCACUGGUUGCUAGCAGAGGCUGGGUGAUCCAUGGAUCACCAUUGUGGCUUUCACUGUGCAAUUAAUAAGAUAAGUGUGUCCCUGGCAGGGGAUGGUGCCGCGGACCCCCAGGGGUCCCUGGACCCCUAACUGGGAACCACUGCUCUAAGGGCAACACUGAGGCUAAGGAGAAUCAUAACCAGUGCCAAUGAAUAAGCUGGACCAGUCGCAAGUAACAAGGUAGGCAGGUAGGGCUGGCUAAGAACAGACUGAGUUUGGCGGGGCAGUGCCCCUGUUGCCUUAAUGAAUCAGCCAUGAGUGACCUAACUCUUUAAGACACACAGAGGAUAGAAAGGAUUGUACAUGUUUCCUAGUGAAAAACCUUUAUCCAGGAUGUUAUAUCGGACCAUUGCCAUACCUAAUUUAACAUGAGGGAAAUUAUAACAGAAAAGUUCAUUUUCCUCAGGGCAGCAAGACUGAAAAACAUGGGGAAGGUACAGGUAUAUGUAUAAUUUAGUUUGCUGCCCCAAGGCCAAUUUUGUAUUGGACUUUAAUUUUACAUUACCUUUCCUAGCUCUUUGUAUGUACACCUUUUUUCCUUCUAAAUUCCUUGAGGCAUGCAUGCUUCCACUCUCAAUUAUCUUGCAAUCUGUGCCUGAAAUCUUGUGUAUAUUAGCUGAUUGGUGCCUUGUGCUGGAGAAUGAAAUUAAAAAGUAGUCUCCUACAUUUUCUUUGUUCGUCCCACUAUCCUAAUAACGGCAAGUUUAAGCGAAACUUAAUUCCUGUUUAUUGCAUGAAUAGUUUAAUUAGCUGAUAUAUUUGUUCAUAUGCACCCACCUACAAGUGCUUUGACAGUGUACCUACCUGAGCAGAGGUGCAAGUGAAUUUAAUAAGAACACUAAAUUAAUAAUUUGUCUAUUUUGAGAAGGCAGCAGAAGCUGGCUUUUCCUUCUAUCACUGUUACAUUGAAACUGCCAUUCUGGAUUGUUGCAGUGAUUCAUUUUGUUCUGUUUUGUUACACAAAGUAUCAGUGUAAUGCUUUCGAAGGAGAAUAAAGAUACUUUUGAAAACAGUUGUGACAAAUAAUACAGUUGUGGUAAUGGUGAAAGCCGAGGCUGCCUGCUUCAAAAUUUGUAGAAUUUGUGUUUUUAAUUUGCUCUGUUUGUUAUUUUUUGAUUUGUUACAUUUUUAUCCUUUUCCUGAAAGGAGCUUGGAGUGGCAUAUGUGGUCUUUCACUCCCAAAUGUAUUGUUGCCUUGAAUGAGUUGGGCUCAGAGAUAGUGAUUGGUCAAAGUGGCCUUCAUAGUUGAGCAUGCAUUUGAGCCUUCCCGUACAUUCAAAGUUAACAGUAUGUAUGUUAAUAACUUUAUAGGACCAACUGCCAAGUCACAUGCAGGCAAUAAGCAAGUUUCUGAGUUAUGCAGAUUUCUUCCUAGGCUGAAAAAUUUGUGUGUGUGUGUGUAUUUGUAGUAGGCAGAAAGCUGGGGCUUUUUGCAAUGGCUCAACAGGCUCUCUUUGGGAUGCUUUUCUACAUAGGAUAGAGGUAGCUCCUUAGGAAGAAAAAGAGUGGGAUACAAAUUUAAUAAUAUAAAUAACAGUGGUACCUUGGGUUACAUACGCUUCGUGUUACAUACGCUUCAGGUUACAGACUCCACUAACCCAGAAAUAGUACCUCAGGGUAAGAACUUUGCUUCAUGAUGAGAACAGAAAUCGUGCUCUGGCGGCAGCAGGAGGCCCCAUUAGCUAAAGUGGUGCUUCAGGUUAAGAACAGUUUCAGGUUAAGUACGGACCUCUGGAACGAAUUAAGUACUUAACCCGAGGUACCACUGUAUGUUGUAUUCUUGAUUUUUUUGCAUUUGUUUAUUUAGGAAGAGUCGCAUUGAUUUUUGUUACAGGCUUCUAUUCAGUUUGCUUCAGCAAAAUUAUUUCUUUUCUGUCUUAGUCACUCACACACUCAGUAGUCACUCACCUGCCUUCCUUCAUUAUUCCCCCACCACAUCAUCUUUAGUUGUUGGUUUCCUGGUUCAGAUAUAAGCAGCGGUCCAGUGUUGUAUGCACAAGCAAUAGUGACCCUUCGACUCAAACACUUCCCUACGCUGUCUCCUCCAGUGUGGUCAUGAGGAGAUCAGAACACCUGGUUAUUAUUUUAAUCUAUUCAGAGCUUGUGGAACAUUUUUGUAUGAAGACCAGUUGACCAGGAGGACUAUAGUCAAUACUGGGUAUAGCCAGAGCCAAAAGUGAGUGGAAUUUGGAAGAUUGUACAGUUUCUCUGCCACCCCAUCUUUGCAGUCUGCAUGAAGUUAGUUUGAGAGUUGCAUAUUUUCUCAUAGCCCCAGGUUUACAUUACGGGUGUUUUAACAAGCCAGGACAAUAAAAUGUGGUUUGAUCCUGGGUUGUUGGAACAAAUCAUAGCUUAUACCUAAUCCCUGCAGUUCCCUGCAAUUUGAACAUAAUGAAAAAUGAUGAUUAUUGUAGAAGUAGAAAUGGACGCUUCUGAUGUCAUGAUUGACUGAGCUAGAGGAAGAGAAGAAUUUGAAAGAGGAGUUUGAGUCCAAGGCUUGUUGCUGCUUCUACAUAUAACACUAAAUCUGUGGUUUAUCUGAAAAGCGACCAGUUCACCCACACUUUGCCUGCCAUUUAUCCCGUAUUGGUUUCUCCCUUUGUGAAUGAAGGUAAUUGAAGCUGAUGUAGUUAUUGAUGCAUUAAUAUUUUGAUACUUAUUUCUCCGUUUCUGAGUUUUAAUACAGUAUUCAUUGCAAACAUGUAAUUCUGUUUAAUCUCCUGUCUGGAUCAGCAUAUGAGGAGACAUGACCAUAGCCUCUUGUAACAGAAAUCCUACCCAGUUUCUUGCAUGAUUGUGUCACAUAUUGAGAAGAACAGGUCUUAUCACCCUAAUUCAGAAGUGGGGAACCUGUGGCACUUUAGAUGUUGUUGGACCAAAACUUCCAUCACCCCUGACUAUCAUCAGUAUUCGCUGUAGCUGUAGUAAGAGUCCAACAACAUAUAGAGGACCACCGGUUCCCCACCCCUGCCCUAUUGGAAGUCCCCAGGUUGGGUUGAACCGGCCCCCAGAACCAGUUCAGGAUAUCAAAUUGUCAGAAAACGCUUUUAAGAAACAACUUUGCUUAACUUUUUUUUUUUUUAGGUUGUAUAUGAACAGGAAGGAGUUUUCAUUCACUCCUCCAGUGGAAACAGUGAUGAUCAGGAUUGUUUGUUAUCUGGGAUACUGAGAGUCAUAGAAAAGGUAUUAAAUCAAUAUUUUGUGUGUUAUGUUUAUUGUGACUUUACCUUCUGCCUUUCUAUCCUGCAAAGAUAUUGUCUUACUGACCAAAAUACAUAGUGUGCAAAGUAAAUGGAGGCUAUUUUUGUAAAUAGAAAAAAGUAAAACCUUAAUGGCAUUGAGUCACUUGAAUAAUUGCAUAAUUUGUGUUGUAGGAUACUGAGGUGAUAGUAGAUUGGAGACCACUGGAUGAUUUAUUAGAUUCGUCUAAUAUACUAUAUGCUAGAAAGGUAUGUUGAUAACUUGCAGCAAUCUUUUUUGAAAGGUUUGCAAAAUUGAUUUUAAAAAAAGUAAAACAAAAUCUUUCUUUGAUUCUCAGAAACCAUAGUUGUUACAUGGUAAAGUAACAUAAAUGCCUAAUUGUACUAUCUGAUUGUGGGGUACAGGAUCCACAAAUCUUUGAUCUGUUUAUGUGAUGGAUGCUUUUAAAAAUGCUAUUAUUAAUAUUGGUACACAAAACUGAGUGUAUUGGUUGAGAUACAUCUAUUGCAAAUUGAAAAUAUACAUAACUGAGAAAUGGGGGUGAGACAUUUAUUUGGCUCAAAUGGCCUUAAUGGGGACCAUCAGUAAGAAUGGAAGGUAGGUUAUGAUCUGUACAGUACUUUUAUACAUUUGCUAGUAUAAAACUAUUUGAGUAAUAUGUUGUAUGUUCUCUAGAUAGUGAUCAGUGAAAGAUAACCAAUCCAAAUCUGUUGCUUUACAAACUCAUGUUCCUUGAUUCCGCCAGAAAUACUGUUGUUUUGUCCCAGUCUUCCCCUCCUAAUAAGGAAGGAUAAAUAUGAUGGUGGUUCUUGUUUUUAAAUUUAAUUUAAUAGAACUGUGAAGGCAAGGAGUAUGCCGUUUUUAAGUUCUUUAAUUAUUAUACUAUGACUUCCCCCUUCUAACUUAAGAAUCAGUAUACAUGACAUUUAUCAUGUUAUCUCUGUUGGUUUCUGCUUUCCUUCACUGUGCAGCUUUGCUUGUCACGAGACAGGUGUUUACAUUCCACAGUCUGUACUGUUGGAGUUUCUCACGGGAAAGGGAGACUGGAUGUGACGUACACUGGUUUCCUGUUUUUCACUGUGUGAUUCUCUCCGAGCUGUCGAGGAGAGAGGAUGCAUUUUCUGCUCCGGCAGAGGCAAGAUGUCUUUCUGUAAUAUACCAGCUUUGAACUGUAAAUAAAGCAAUAUGGAGUAUGCAGCACGUAUUCCUCAUCCUUCCGCUGGGCACGAGACUCUGCUUAAAUCAACACGUGGUUAUGGGCCCAGAAGUCGAAUCGGAGUGCCGGCAAAGGAUCGGAAUGCAGAGGGACAGAUCGGAACGGAAUCUGCUCUGCGCGUAGAAGUGAUUGAUGAGGUAUGUGCUACUGCUCCGGGCAGCCUGCCAGCUUCAAGUUAAUGGCUUUAUGGCUGGACUUUGAACUUUUAAAGCCGGUUUGCCGGGAAUAGGCAAAAGGCUCCCAGGCACAAGUCACUAUGCUGGGGAAAUCGAAAGUAACUUUUAAGUGCGCCUUUGUAAUAAGGCAGCUGCAGCAGUGACGCAGCAAGAUUUAAAGCAGCAUAUGACGCUGAAGGCUAAUGCCAGAGUCAUGAUGGCCCUUCAGGAUGCUUGUGGGAUUCCUAAGCUCAACAAGAAAAAUUACAGCGACUGGGUUCAGUAUGCAGAGGCGAUUCUGCGGAAAGAGGGUUUGUUUGAGGUGAUUACAGGAACCCCCCCAGUUCCAGUUACAGAUGCAUGGGAAGCUAAGGAUUCCAAAGCAAGGGGAACUCUUACAUUGAUAGUAUCCCCAGAAGAGCUCUGUCUAUUGCGUGAUAAGACCUCAGCCAGAGAAAUUUGGGACGCUUUGAGAGAGGCUCACUUAAGGACAGAAGCUGGAUCCACUAUGUUUUACUUUAACAAGCUGCAUAAUAUGGCUCUUGCUGAAGGUGGAGAUGUGCGUUUACAUCUGAUGGAGAUGCAAAAUCUGAGACAUGAGCUGCAACAGAGAGGACUCAACUUUCCAGAGGCUGUGUAUUCUUUCAUGAUACUACAAUCUUUGGGUUCAGGUUGGGAGUCUGUUGCAACCCAGAUUGCUGUGCAACCAACUGCUCAGCUGACAGUGGACUUUGUUACUGCCGUGAUUUUAAAUGAAGCAGAUCGCCGGGGUGCUAGCUGCAUGGGCAAGGGAGUCUUCACAGACGUCAUCCCAUAGUGCAGUGGAACCACCAGAUGGCGCCAAAGCUUUGAAGGCAGUGAAAUGCUACUCGUGUGGACGUCUAGGCCAUAUGAAGAGGGAAUGCAGACAUCCCAAGGCCAAGACAGAGCAGCGCAGCGAAGCUCAUCGCGCGGAAAAGGCCGAGGCAAAGGCAAAGGUCCGGUGUCUAGGACAACGCAGCACAAGGCUAUGGUUUCACGCUUCACUCCAAAGGUUGCAGAGGUCCAGAAGACGUCUAGAUCUUUCUUCGUUGUUGAUUCAGCGGCAACCCACCACAUGUGCAACGAUAAGAAACUGUUUGUGUCUUUUACACCGCAGGAAGGUGCGAUUCACCAGGCGGAUGACCACACUAUUCCCAGUAAAGGCUACGGAACUGUUGUUCUUCACAGUUUGGACUUAUCGAUACAGAAUGUGCUUUACGUGCCAGACGCCAAACAUAAUCUGCUCAGCGUUGGACAGCUGAAUGAGCGGAACAUUGACGUUUCCUUCAAGAACAAGAAGUGCAUCAUCACAAAGAAAAAUGAUUAUGUAUUGCAUGCAGAAUAUGUUGAUCAUUUGUUUGUUUUGUAUUAUGAUGAUGUGGUGCAGGAUGACACUUGUUGCAUUGCAGGUUCUAACAAAAGUUUGCAUGCAGAAUGUAUUCACGAUUUUCAUCGAAAAUUUGGUCAUUUGCAUUUUGAGGCAGUAUCUAAAAUGCCUGCCUUGGUUGAAGGUAUGACUAUUAAACCCUGCAGGUACCACAUGAAGUGCAAAGCAUGCGCAGCAAACAAGGUGAAAAUGGCUGCGAAAGGUAAGGUGUCUAGUAGGAAAGCUACAGAACCAUACCAGGUUGUUCAUGCUGAUUUGGUUGGACCACUAGCGCCCUCUUUGGGUGGAAAUAGAUACUUCAUGGUUCUCAUUGAUGCAUUUUCUAGAUAUAUUUUUGUGUACAAUCUCAAGCAGAAAUCGGAGGCUUUUCCUAGGUUCAAGGAAUUCUGUGCUUGGUUGGAAAAUGUGCAUGGUAAGAAGAUAAAGACUCUUUUCAGUGAUCGCGGGGGGGAAUUCACUUCUCAGCAGUUUGAAGCUUUUCUGACUGAGAAAGGAAUUCAACACGAUUUGUCUAGUCCUCGCUCGCCAUGGCAGAAUGGACUUGCGGAACGGGCAAAUCAGACAAUGCUUCAAGGGUUAAAAACCUUGCUGCAUGAUGCCAAUCUUCCAGAGAGUUAUUGGGCCGAAUCUCUCUCGUGUUUUGUUUACAGUUACAAUCGCAGGUUAUCUUCAGCGAUUGGUUGUACCCCUAUGAGAAGAUGUUUGGCAAGAAGCCAUACAUCAAACACAUGAAGAUUUUGGUUCUGACAUGUGGGUUCGCUCACCACAAAACUCCAAGUUAGACAAGCGUGGAUUGCAUGGUAUCUUUCUAGGUUAUCAGAAAGGGUCUUACAGAAUAAUGAUGACUGACUCUAAGACAAUUAAGCUCACGAGAAGUGUCGAGUACAAUGCAAAGUGGGGGAGAAUGUGGGAAUUUUCCAAUGUUAUCCUGAUGACGGUGAUGAGACUGAGGAUAGUCAAAAGCAACCACAACGGCCCACACCCACUGAUGAAGGUUCUGAGUCUGAAUCUGAAACUGAAUCGGGUGAUUCAGAGGAUUUCGAGAGUGCGAAAGCCUCUAUGCGACCCUCUGAAAGCUCUGAUCAAGAAUUGGAGGAACCAUUGUUCACAAUAGGUCGUUUUUCUCCUAAGAAGGAAGAGGAGAGUGUUGAAGACUUAAGGCUAAUUCGUAGGUCACAGAGAGCCACAAAAGGCAAACCUCCAAAGAGAUUUGCUGAUGAGUUUGCUACGAUAGCAGUAACAGCUGUUAAAAGCUCCAAGAAGGUAUUUGAACCUUCAAGUUUCCAAGAAAUCCAGGGUUUGGAUUCAAAGGAAGCUGAGCCAUGGUUAAAUGCCAUGAAGGCUGAGCUUGAUUCCUUAGAAAGGAACAAAACAUGGGAGCUAGUUCCAGUAGUUCCAGGAAUGAAACUGCUUGGAAGCAAAUGGGUCUUCAAAGCGAAGACAGAUCAAAAUGGCAAGAUAGUCAGACACAAAGCCAGAUUGGUAGCCAGAGGUUUUGCACAGGUACCAGGUGAAGACUAUCACGAGACCUAUUCACCCACAGUGAGAUAUGAAAGCAUUAGGCUUAUGCUCAAGCUAGCUGCAGAGGAAAAUCUACACAUUAGUCACCAUGAUAUUAAUACAGCUUUUCUGUACGGAUCUCUAGAUGAAUCACUUUAUAUGCUUCCACCUGAUGGCGUACAGGUAAAACAGGGAUUUGUUUGUGCUCUGAAGAAAUCCCUUUAUGGUCUCAAACAAAGUGCACGGUGUUGGCACACAAAACUCACUGAAGUAUUGUUUUCUCUAGGUUUUCAGCAAGGGAAAGCUGAUCCAUGUGUAUUUGUCAAAGAGGAGGGGCAAAAGAAACUGUACUGUUUGUUUUAUGUUGAUGAUUUAUUAUUCUUUUGGAAGGAUGUUGCAAUGUACAAUAGCGCCCUAGCUCAACUGAAAGAGCACUUUGACAUGAAAGAUCUUGGUGAGGUAAACAACUACCUAUCUCUGGAAAUAGAGAGAGAUCAAGAUGGUAACAUUCUAGUACACCAGUCACGGAAAAUUGCUGAUGUGUUAAGCAAACUAAAUCUGAUGGAUGCUAACCCUGUAGACACACCGAUGACAACAGGUUAUCAGGUAGAUGACACUGAAGAAGCAUUUUCUGACACUACACUGUACAGGAGUGUGCUAGGCAAGCUAAACUUCAUUGCCAGAUGUUCAAGACCAGACAUUGCUGUUAGCUGUAAUUUGCUAAGCAGACAAGUCAACAAUCCUAGUGUCAAGGAUUGGAAAGCUCUGAAACGCAUAGCGCGGUAUUUGAAAGGCACUAUGCAUUACAGACUGAGAUUUAACAAUCAGAAGUCUGGUGGUCUUGAGAUAUUUGCAGAUGCAAGUUUUGGAAGUGACACUACAGACAGGAAAAGUACGUCUGGAGUUUGCUAUAUGUACAAUCAGAGUCUGUUUGAUUGGUCAUGCAAGAAGCAAACAACAGUUAGCUUAAGUACUUGUGAAGCCGAACUGAAUGCACUGUCUUAUUCACUUAAGGAUUGUGAAUGGUUAGUACAAUUGUGCAAAGAUAUGAAAAUUCCUGUCAAAUGUCCAAUCCAGGUUUACCAGGACAACAAAGCAUGUUUGGCUUUGCUGAAGUCUGAAGGUUGUAAGCAAAGCACAAAGCACUUGCAAUUAAAGUUGCAGCAUGCUAGGGAAUGUAUUCAGAAGGGACUCGUAACGGUGUCCUAUAUGCCAGGUAAUGAAAUUCCUGCUGAUGUAUUGUCCAAGAUUGUAUCAAGGGAUCAACACUGUACCUAUGUGCAGAAGUUGGGUUUGUACUGAUAUUGUACAAACACGCUGCCCAGUGAUGUUCACAGAAAGGGGGAGGAUGUUGGUUUCUGCUUUCCUUCACUGUGCAGCUUUGCUUGUCACGAGACAGGUGUUUACAUUCCACAGUCUGUACUGUUGGAGUUUCUCACGGGAAAGGGAGACUGGAUGUGACGUACACUGGUUUCCUGUUUUUCACUGUGUGAUUCUCUCCGAGCUGUCGAGGAGAGAGGAUGCAUUUUCUGCUCCGGCAGAGGCAAGAUGUCUUUCUGUAAUAUACCAGCUUUGAACUGUAAAUAAAGCAAUAUGGAGUAUGCAGCACGUAUUCCUCAUCCUUCCGCUGGGCACGAGACUCUGCUUAAAUCAACAAUCUCUUGCUGAUCUUAUCUCUAAACUAAAAAAAUCCCAAUCUUUCCCAGAAGGGUAGUUGCUCCAUUCUCUCAAUCACUUUGGUUGCCCAUUCUGGAAUCUUUUCCGAACUCUAUAAUCCUUUUUGAGGUGAGGAGAUAAAAACUGUACACAGUAUUCCAGGUGUGGUUAUACCAUAGAUGUGUAUAACAAUAUUGACAGUUUUACCUAAUGAUCCCUAGCAUGUAAUUUGCCUUUCUCACAUCUGCUGGGCUGUGGCUUAUCAUCUUCAUUGAGCUAUCCCCCAUGACCACAAGGUCUCAUUCCUGGUCAGUUGCUACCAGUUAAGACCCUAUGAGCAUAUAUGUGAAACAUAGAUUGUCUGCCCCAAUGUGCAUUACUUUACACAUGCUUACAUUGAAUUGCAUUUGCCUUUUUUCCCACCAUUCACCCAGUUUGGAGAGAUCCUUUUGGAGCUCUUCAUAAUUCCUUUUUAACCACCCUGAACAAGUUGCUAUCAUCGGCAAGCUUGCCUAAUGCACUACUCACCCUUAAUACUAGAACAUUUAUGAACAAAUUUAAAAGCACAGGUACCUAUAUUGAUCUUUAGAUUUUUUUUUAUAAAAACAACAACAACAGGAAUAUUGGGGGGUGUCUUUUUUUAUUAAUCACUAGCUGCAAGUGAAACUAUUUUUGAUUGUUUCGAUAUCUUAUUUAGGAUUCCAGUUCUGUUGUUGAGUGGGCACAGACUCCUAAAGAGAAGACUCUGCGAGGAACAGAACAUCCGAACAGUUACGAGGCAGAAUGGGAUAUGGUCAACACAGUCUCUUUUAAAAAGAAACCACAGUCAAAUGGAGGUAAAUGAAGAAUACUGUGUAUAAAAACAUAUAAGCUAUUCCAGUGGAUGAUCCCAGACACUGAGGUUCUACAUGUGGAAGAAACCACUGGGUUGGGCCCCUUUUCUUGCGUAGCUGAAAGCUGCAAACCUUUUGCUCUGCUUGUGGAGCUCCUCUCAUCUGAUAGUGCUGAUCAUCUGUCUGUAGUGGGCUUUAACACUCUGAAGUGGGGUGAAUUUGUGUAAAAUAAUGCACUCUGAAAAUAUUCCAUCUGUAGCAGGUAAUGACUGCUCCCCACAUCAAAUGGGGGCACAUUUUGUGUGGUUGCACGCAGCUCCCCUGGACCUAUGCUGCACCUGGUGGUACAGCCUGGCUUCGCCUCCCCCCCCCCAGCUGGACACCUGGAGGUCUCCGCCUACCUCUGCCCAUUAUCCUAUCCCGGCUGGGGAGGCGUUGCCAGGAGAUUUGGCCACCCUGCCCACACAAUAGAGGGCAGAACUUACCUGGGAAUUCUCAGUCGCCUCCAGAGCCAGCUGUGCAUGUAGCAUACUUGUUUUUUUCCCUUUUGGGUGUUAAUGUUAUAAUAUGAACUAAAUUAGUGCCGGUUCUUUUCUAAUAAUGACAGUUUUUACCAUAUGUCUUUGAUAGGGUAUAUGCUAUUGGUUCGGCGAGAAGAGUUGAAUGACUAAAUACUUCAGUUUUUCAGAUCCUAGUCAAGUUGCAUAGGAAUAUAUCAACUGCGUUUUACUUUCAGACCAUUGCUCCAUCCCUGUUCAUUGAGAUAGACAGUAAUGGACGUGAUUCCCCAAGAUCUUGGGCAGGGGAUUUUCUCAGCCUUCCCACUUCAAAUUCUUUUAACCAGAGAAUAAGCCUGGUACUUUGUGAAGGCAUACCACCACUAAUAGUGGUGGAGCUAGCCACACUGAAGUAUUGGAUGAAAUUUGUGCUACCAUGAUGUUAAGUGCACUUAUUCUUGGAAGUAGUUUUAAUAUAUUCCAGGGCUAUGCAUUGCAUAUUGGCUUCAGAUCAAGAAAAUAACAUACUCUUUUCCCCAUUAGAUGCUGCUGUUCACACAAAUGGAGAGAACAAGUGGUCCUUCCUGUUCAGUUUAGCAGAUCUAAAGUCCAUUAAGCAAAACAAAGAAGGAAUGGGAUGGUCCUAUUUGGUAUUCUGCUUAAAGGAUGAUGUUGUCCUCCCAGCUCUUCACUUCCAUCAUGGAGACAGCGCCUUAUUGAUUCAUUCCCUUAGAAAAUAUGUGGUGCUUUGUGAGUAAGUAUUCAUUGCUAUUCCUUUUUUUUAAUGAUAUUUAUUAGUAAUUUAAAUUAAGUAAAAGAGAAUAAAAAAGAAAAGACAAACCACAGUCAAAACAAUACAAUUAAUAAAAAUCAAAAUCAGUAAAGAACACACAAUUGAAAACAAAAUAUGCCAAUAAACAUUUAAAAAACAACCAAUAUUCUCUACAUCUUAACUGUCAUUACCUUCUUUUCUUUGACCUCCCCUUUUUUGUAUCCUAAUUAUUAAUUGUCACAGCAACUUUUCCUCAUAUUUCAUAAUAUUCUGUCACACUUUACCUUAAUCUAUUUUAAUUUAUCUAAUAUGAAACCUUAAACUAAAACUUUUAAAUUUAUUUCUUACCAAUUCUCAUAACCAUAAUAUUCUACAUAAUUCUUUAAACAUUUUUGCUAGCCAAAUAAUUUCAUUCCAACAUUUUUCUAACAUUCACCACUUAUAAAACAAUCAUAAUAAUGAAAUAACAAUCCAAUCUUCAUCCAGCUGCUUUCUUCCUCCUGAACUGGUUUUACUGGGUCCUUUCAUCCCAUCAGUCUAGCGCAUUAACCUGGUAACCUUAUGUCCGAGGCCCUUGCCUUCCAUGUCCCUUCCGCAGCUCUUCUUCAUAUUUAUAGCUAUAUUUUCCUUUGUCUCAGCUUCUUCACUCUUAACUCCAGCUUGACAAUGCUUUUGAUCCUUCUGACAAAUCGCCCUUUUCCAUAGUCCCCACUAAGUUCAUGUAUUAAGAACAUGUUUCAAAAACCUCCAAACAAGAGCCCCCACAACCCCAAACAUCUAAUGCCCAUUGCCAGACUUCAAAAGUCCAAACUCUGCAUAGGGGGGUCUAUCCAACCCCCAUUUCCAAACCAAACCAAAUCCUUGCCUUCCAAAUUCAUUUUUCCAAAACAUUUAUCAAACUAAGAACGCUGUUCCUGGGCCGCAGCUCCUCCAUCCCUGGCGCCACAUUCAGCAACGUCCCUCUCUCAUCUGCCUGUCAGGCACACUUACCCAAUUCCUGUAAAUCUACAUAAUAUCCCACUGCUCAUUCAAAAUUUUUGACCAGAUCAGCUAUAAAAUCUGUCUUCUUCUCAUGUAGCUGUUCCAUAGGCAAUUUGUUUUACAGAAAGCAUCAACAGAGCUUCUGAACAAGAUCCUGCAAGGUCAGAAGACUAUUCCCACGAUCAAAUCAGGAACAUUGCGAGCUUCCCGAUUCAAAAUUGUUACAGUUUCACAGGCUCCCUCUAGGGGAAUAGACUCUCGCUGUUCUCUUUCUUUUAAAAACAAAUCUAACAACAAAGUUUCUUUUCAGAUAUUUCCUUGUCAAUAUUUGUCUUUGAAAUGCGAAGGGGGAAACAAAUGGAAUCACUAUGUAUCUCUUCCUUAGCUAACUGCCAAAAGCGCUUGUUUCUGGUCAAUGAGAGCGCUUCAAAUAACCUCAUCCACACCCUCGCCUCCAGACUGCAGACGGGUGGUGCCAUUUUUACUUACACUCACUCUGCAGGCUUGAACAGUCCAGAAAAUCUCCUUCUCCCAGCCCAAGGGGGUUCCACAAUUUUAAAUGAAUGUGUUAAUCCUUGUAGUUGCAUUUUCAGAACUUAGUUUGCAGUGCCUUGCUUUAAUCUAUCUACAAAGAAACGGGAAGGCCACUUCCUGUUUAGACCUUCCGUUUCAGUGCCAAAUGUUAAACUUUAAGUCCAGUUUUCCUUUCUGCUCACAAAUCCUUAUUUAGAGUCCAAUUGUCCGAAACUUAAGUACUCACGUGGUAGUUGUUUUAAAGUGCUAAAUUUGUCCAGGAAAAAGACAGCACUCUCCGGCAACGGCAGUGCGGCUACGCUCCACUGAAGAAGCAGUUCACUCUCAGCACCGCGCCACUUCCUCUUCGCUCCGAGCCCGUUAGUGGGUUCCUUUGGCGGGCUGGGGGCGCUAAAGGUGCCCGCUUGUCUCAAGGGGUCACAGGCUUCAUCCGCCAGAUUUUGACAACAUCCCGUCGCCGUAGCGGAAAAGACCCGAUUCCCGUGGAGCUGGUCCCUCCAGUUCAGAGGGAGUCCGCCAUUGCUGAUGGCGCCACCCCGGAAGUCUAUUUGGUCAGUUAUUCUAGCUUUACUGUUUGCAUAGCCAUCAUAAUGAGUUGAUCAACUUUUUUUUUUAAGCCAGCCAGUGAAUAAAUAAUGCUUCUAGUCAUAGUUUUUAAACCCAUCAAUAGGCUCAAGUUGUGAUUUUAAAAAGAAAUACUAAAUUGUAAUUAUCAAGCACAACUCUGCGAAGAACCUGUAAUGUUACUACAGGAUGCAUUUAUUUAUUUAUUAACUGCCCUUCACCCUAAGGUCCCUGGGCAGGUUACAAUAUUAAAAAUAUACACCUCAAGUGUCAAAAGCUAGGGUAAAAAGGUGCAUUUUUAGUUGACAUUUUGCACAGAAACUCAUACAUAGAUUAUUUUAAGAUGACAGCCCAAGCUAUAGCAAGCAGGUAACACUACAUAUGGGAGAAAGGAGUGGCAGGUACAGAAUCUCCUGAAAUACUGAAUUCUCUUUCCCCUACUGGCUGUCUACAGUAGGGGGAAGGUGAGAUGCAAAAUACAACACCCCAGCAUUCUUUCUCCCUCUGCCCAGUGGCUGUAGCUAGCAGAAAAGCUGCAAGAAAAUCCAAAUCCAGCACUUCUUAGUUUUCCAAGAAUGGCAGCUUAGUUCAGAGACACUUCUUCAGAUGCUGGUGGCCAGGCUUCUGUAAACAAAACAUCCUUAUUGUAAAAAUAUCCAAUAGAGAAGUCACUGCAGCCCUGCAGCUGCGCUAGGCUUGAAUUUGCAAUUGACCAGGCCCCUAAAGUCUUUCCUCUCUUACCACUUGCAUCUCCUAGAUCUGACCCUUCCUGCUUUCAGGACUAAUCUCUUCAAUGAUUUUUCUCUGUUGGCUCUGCUGGAUCAAAAUAAGUGAUCCAGGUAAUAGGAAAUAAAUAAUUUCUUUUGGAGACUGGCAAUAAACAAUUCACCUACGAUAAGCUCUCCAGUAGUAUAUAAACUAAGAUCACAGUACUAACUAGUCAGAGGUCUGAGAGGAAGAGGGAAUUUCUGUGACGCCCUGAACAAAUACAACCCUAGGCCAUUGGUUACUAACAAUAAAUAUCUGACUGACUGAGAUUGUUGCCCACAUCUUGUAUUUAGUCCCAGACCAUGACUGGACAUCUUCUAACUUCUCUUAAAAAUAUAUUCUAAAUGAGUAGGCAUUUUCUAGUUGGCACUCAAAUCUGACAGAAGCUUUUUUAAUUUCAAGCAAAUAAUGCCUAAUUAGAGAAUUGAAGUAUACAAGAGAGUAAGUAGGAUUUCAAAGUUUCUUUUAAAAGACUCUAAAUUCAGUUUAAUAUUACUUGAAAAAUCCAUAUUUCCUUGGUACAAUAUCAUAAAUAACUGCUCAGAGCAAAUAAAGUGAUGCUAAUUUAUUGUGAAUAUUACUCAGAAUGAGUUUAAUUAAAAUGGAAGUAUCUUUAAGAGGUUUUUUUUAUUCUGAUGGGUUAGCUAAGUAUGACGCAUCACAACCUUUGCUUUCUGGGCUGUAUUAGCAAACCUCAGUUCUGGUUUAUUAACAGCCGUGUCAUCAAGACUGAUUAUAUCGCCUCUUCUGACUUUAAGAUGCAAUCUGUUGUUGAAUUUCAUAUCCUCUGGCACAAAUGCUGCAUCCUUCCAUGCCAGCACUGGGAAGCGAUAGCAUUUAUUAAAAGUCUUAUCUUUAAUAACAGAAUAGGUGGUAGGUGUUCCAGGUAACAAUGAAUAAAUGUAAUGGUGUUUUGUUUCAGAAGCUAGUAAUAGUGAAUCCAACCAGCUAAUUUCCUGAAUAAGCCUGAGGUGGCAAUCAAAUACUUUCAACUUUUUUAAUAGUGAUGUCUUCUUUCUGUAUAUUUCUGUGUGCACAUGCACACAUAUAAUCCUCUUAAAAUAUUGCACAAUGAAUUCACUUUUCCCAAAUGUGAUGGCUAUAUUGUUGAAUUUCCCAAAAGAAAGACUUUGAUUUUAGAAGGGGAAAUGGUUUGUUUUUGUUCACAGAUCUCCACAGGACAAGAGAAUUCUUGUGAACUGCCAGAGUAUUUCACAGUCGUUUGAAAAUCUCCUUGAUGAACCAGCAUAUGGUUUAUUAGAGGUUUGUGUGAUUUCCUAAUUGUUUAAUAUUCAGUUUAAUAUUCAAGAUUUUAAAAUGCCCAAUUCUUGAAGGGAAACCAAAUUUCAACCCUGGGAAUUUUCAUGCUGGCAGAUCCUUAUUUUUCUUUGCUAUGUUUUCUGUACAAAAUGAAGUAUGUAUUUGAUUUCUUUUUAAAAUGUCCUUAUCUGUAUCCUGCCCUUCUUCCCAGUGGGAACACUGAACUGGUGAAAGAGGCUGUAAUGCAUUAUUUUGGAGAUGCAUUUUUUCAGCUUCCUGUAGCCUUUUGGACACAACUUGUAUCAGUUGUGUACUCUUUGGGCAGCUUGCUUUUGAGAAUGAAUGUCAUACUAUCAGAAUUCCCCCCCAAAUUUGUGUGAGCCAUUUCAGAAUUUGUUUACCCCUGUGCUGUUCUCAGAAACUGAAGACUGAUCCUUACACAGCAACAAUGGGAAGAUUUUCAAAAGUGACCAACUAUAUAUAUGAUAGUUUACGAGGAAGUGACCCCGCAACUCAGCAGCGGCCUCCCUCAGAAAUGGCAGACUUCUUUAGCGAUGCUAUACCAGGCUUGAAAAUAAAUCAACAGGAAGAACCAGGAUUUGAAGUCAUUACACGAGUAAGCAUUCUUGAUAGCGAGGGUGGUUUUAAGAUACAAAUUAGUGCACUGGUAAUAAUUUAACAGCUUUUCUGGUGCAUAUUUUAGAUUGAUUUAGGAAAGCGACCCGAAGUGAACAGAAGACAACCAGUGUCGGUUGAAGAAUGGACUAAGAAUAUGGAUUCUGAAGGGAGAAUCUUAAAUGCUGACUCCAUGAAACAAAUGAUAUUCAGAGGGGUAAUAUCUUAGAAUAUCUCUUUAAAAAUUGUACCGUAUUCGCCCAAAUAUAAGCCGUACCCAAAUAUAAGCCGCACCUUUAAAAUUCAAGAGGGAAAAGGAAAAAAAAGACAAUACCCAAAUAUAAGCCGCUCUCUUAAAAUUCCACAGGCACUCACACCUGUUCUGUUUUGCCAUAUGUCUGUUUCAGCAGCGAUAUCCUAAAAGCCAAUUUUUGUAAGGUCACGAAUUUCAGCCGCACUUUAACUUUUCACAGUCGGAAUUUGGGGGGGGGAAAGUGUGGCUUAUAUUCUGGCCAAUACGGUAUUUGAUUCCUUAUUGCUAGGACAGUAGCUAGCAGGUACAUGUAUUUGGUUAUUCCUCCAGAAAAGGUUAACUGAAAUUAUGAAUCAUUCAAAUAGCAAUACUCCGAAGCGGCUGGCCAUCAAAUCAGGGGUAGCUAACCUGUGUUCCUCUGGAAGUUGUUGGAUCCCAACCCUCACCCACCCCAUCCGGCAUGGACCAUAACCAUGGAUGAUAGGAGUUUUAGUCCAACCACACAUCUAGCCAUGCUUGUUAUAUAAACCCUUUAAGUUCUGUUUUGAAAGCAGUGAUUUCGCGCCGUGGAUUUCUAAUGCCCUGUUUGGAGAAGCUCACUACUUUUCAUGUGUGUUGAUACUGCUAAUUGCAGGACUGGUCCCUUAGUGGCUAAUACUGAAUAAGGCAGAGUUAUGUGAAAAUACGUUGGCGUGAACAAUGCAUAAAUAAGAAUUUAGCAAAUAAAGUAUGCAGAUCUUUUAGGACAGAAAUGAGGAUGUGCUAGCCUUAGUUUAAGGUUUAAAUGAAGUCCACUAUGGCCAUAGCUUUUUACUCCAUAGCCGCUGAUAGAACAUGGGCGUCUUGAAGGAGUUUGCCCUAAGGCUGAGAUGGGCAACUCAUGACCCUCCCGCUGCUGUAGGAGUACAGCUCUCCUCUUUCUUGACCAUGCUGCCUGGGGCUGAUGGGAGUUGGAGUCCAGCAACACCUAGACAUUGCAUCCUUGUGCACAGUGCCACUUGCCUAAAUCUUUUCUAGAUGGCUCCAGGUAAAGCCAAAUAGAACUACCUUUAGAACUUGUUGGAAAUUAUUUGUAAUGUUCUAAGAUUUGCCUUCCCACAGUGACUUCAGUUUAACCUGAACAGUGUGUUAUAGAUAUUUUGGAGUAAUAGCUUUAAAAGACAAAUGGUUUCAGUAUUUACACUUAAAGCUUUCAGAUAAAUUUAGAAAAUGUAAGUUUCUGCCCAAAGACCUAUGAAUCUGCAUGUUGAUAAGAUGUGACAUGAGAGGGAAGGAGGCAGGGAGCUUAGAAAGGGGGGGUGUUGCGGAAAAACAUGUAAUUUAAUUAACCUCCAGGUUGAUAACUUCAUUUUUUUCAAUGAUACGUUUAUAAACAUAAUGCAGAAAAAUAUUAAGGUAGGGAAACAAACAUAAAAGGUUAGGUCUUAAUGAGCAUCCUAAAAAGAAGUUGAAGAAACUAGGUGAUCUAACAGCAGGGGAAAGAACCCCACCCUCCCAAAAAAAAAUGACCAGAGGAAAUCAAACGUAGGAAACAGUGGCAAUAAAAUUAGGUAAUGUUAGCUCCUGCACAACUACAGGAUUUGAAUAAAGUUGUUCUUAUAAAGCGCCUGAUGUUGCCAUUGCUAUUUUAUUAUGUUCCACUUAGGGCCUUUGUCAUGCUUUGAGAAAGGAGGUCUGGAAGUUUCUUUUGGGUUAUUACCCUUGGCACAGUACUAGGGAAGAAAGAACAAAUAUACAGAAAAGGAAAAUGUAAGUACGGCUCCCUUAAAACAAUGUCAUAAUGUGGAGUAAACUUUGCAUACUUGCAAGACAACUGCUUACAAAUAUCAUUACUACUAUCAUUUUUUCUUCAGAGAUGAGUAUUUCAGGAUGAAGCUUCAGUGGAAAUCUGUCAGUGAAGAACAAGAAAAAAGAAACUAUAGAUUGAGGGACUACAGAAGUCUUAUAGGUAAUUUUAAGAAACAUAGAAGGCAAAGAGAUAUGUUAGUGAUAAACUUUUACUCCUUUUUUAAAAAAUUGAGGUGACCUCAAUUAUCCACGAUGUUUGUUAGACAUUGUUUCUGUAACAAAAUUAUGACCUGUUAGGUUCAGUGUGUAGGUUCAUGGCUUCUUUCUCUUUCAUGUCCUAACACUGUGAACAGAAGACAAAUAUCAUAAUAAAAGGAUUAAUAAUGAAUAGAAAUGAGCCAAACAAACAAACUCACCAUUCUUUCAACGAGUGAUCUCAGGGCUGCCAUGAAACAGUGUAUUUUAGUUACCAAAUGCCUGGAUAAACAGGAAUGUUUUUAAUUUCCUCUUGAAGUCAGCAUGCGUGCUGUGCAGCCAUUUCUUUUCUGAUCCUUGUAGUUGAUGCAAUUUUAUUUUGCUGCUGACUGAAAUAAAGGAAAGCUGAGUGUGUGCUGAACUUGAUUUCACUUUAAAUAAAUUUCUACAGGUUGCUGACCAUAUGCUUUAGUAGCCUGUUACAAACUAAAACUAACAUCAAACUUUAUUAUUAUCUGCUCUUACAAGCAAUGACAAACAUUUAAAAUGCUUUAUAACAUUAGCAAUAACUCUUAAAGGCAAGAGGGAUAGUAUGAGACCAGAAAGCUAAGUUGUAUGUUUAAUGUGCAUCACAGCAGGCAUGCAGUCACACCAGUGUAAGAAGCAGAGUAAUAUUUUUAGUUUAAAAGCAGCAAAAAGGGAGGAUCAUCUAACCUUUUUCCUUCUUGCUGCUUUUCCAAAUUUCUUUCUUUUAGCCACUUUUCUCCUACUGACAAGCAUGUAUUUUGCUACUGAAAGCAGACGCACAUUCAGAAUACUGAAAGUGAACUUGGAGAUAUACUUUUGAGGGGAGAAAUAGUUAAUGUUCUUGCUUUUGGCAUUUGAAGGCUUUUUUAUUUUUUGCCUUUUAAUACAACACAAAACGUAUUAGAAGUGUCAGAGUUGAAUGUAGACAAGAAGCUUUAUUCUCCCAUAGCUUUACUAUAAUGAUCUUAUAGUUUGCACAGUAGGGUAAUUUGCUCCUGUCCAGUCCUUUUUGCUCCAGUGCUGAGCUAAACCAGGGUUAGGCUUAGCAUGUAGUCUAAGGCAGGACUCAUGGUUGAGCACAUUCACUUACCACUAACUUUAAAGUCCUGGUUUAGCUCAGCACAAUGCAGCAGUACAAAAGGCAAGAGAGGAGCAAAACGGCUUCAAGAUCCUCUCUGUGUCCUCACAUGCUUCUGAGGUUUGGUAAAGCAUAGCUAGAUUUGAUUCACACAAGAAGCUUAGUCAGUGCAUUUUAAUCAGAUUCUAAUAGUUUGUGGAAUGUUACAGUAGCAUAAAACUAUACAGUAUACGCUCAGAGACUAAGCAGAUAAACCUGGGGUUGGCAACCCAAGGCCCAUGGGCCACAAGCGGCCCAUGGGGGUCGUUUAACUAGCCCAACGACCCCCGUCACCCGCUUGGGGACCCCCACCGCCCACUCGCUCGGCUCCCGUGCGAUGCGCUAAACCGAUGCAGAGCAUAGUGGGGCCCGCCUUCCGUGACUCUGGCCAGCUUCCCAUUGGCUACAGGAAGCUCCUGCAGCCAGUGGGAAGCUGCGCAUGCCUCCUCUGCGCCAGAAGGAGUGCUGGAAAUAGUGUUUGCACAUAUGUGUGUGCGCGCACACACUGGCCCACCGUGGUGUCUGCAGGACCGUGAACCGGCCCAAGCCACAAAAACUUUGCCGACCCCUGAGAUAAACUAACUUCAGUAACAAUUAAAGAAACAUGGGGAAAUGGAGUGUCCUAAUAAAACAUUCUCAUGCUAAACCAAGCAAUUAAACCUUAAAGGCUUGAUUACAUAUCAACUCCUCACCAUUCAAUUUAAUGUAACACCACAUAUCUAGUACAUUUGAGUGACGUUUUACAUUUAACAUAUCUCAAAUAGACUCUGCCGUGUGUUAAUUCAAUGAAAAUGUUUUACAUUUUAAUCAGGAGGUUUCUAUAAAAAGUAUACCGUUUUCUAAGUGUUUGGAAAUCUGCUUAUAAGAAAUCAUCUUAUUUGAGACAGGAAGAAUUUGUCUUAAAUACUCUUAAAAGCUGCUUUAAUGCAUUUUAAAUGACACCCUCUGAAUUUAGUUGUCUUUACUAGGCACUUCAAAGCUCAGCACAGUGUUUGAGAAAUUGGAAAUUUGAAGAGCAUCCUGCAUUUUUUAGAUAUAGGCUUAGCAGAAGCUGUUUUGAAAAUGUAUUAAAUCUGUGUGCUGCUUUUCAGAAAAAGAUGUAAACAGAACAGACCGAACAAACAAGUUUUAUGAAGGUCAAGAUAAUCCUGGGUUGAUAUUGCUUCAUGACAUUUUGAUGACCUAUUGUAUGUAUGACUUUGAUUUGGGUAAGUAGGAUUCUACUUAUGUAUGUGUACUACUGUAUCUGAUCUAGUGGAACUUAUUGUAAUUACCCUUCAGAGAAAACUUGAUGUACAUUCUGUCUUAGAUGUCCAAAUUAAUUAUGUGUUUUACCAUUGGUUGCAACAAGUGGGGCCUGCAAAAAACUUGUUUAGUUUUGGUACUUGUGUACUCCUGAUUUUGGAGAUCAAAUAAAUGUAUCAAAAAGUUUCCAUUGCUCAUAUGCUUAUUUGAACAAAUACCGUAUUUUUCCAUGUAUAAGACACCCCCUAUUUUGGGGGACUCCAAAUUAAGAAAACACCCCUCAGCACUACCUGUGUAUAUGACGAGCCCCAAGUUUAAACCUAUUUUUGGUAAAAAAAAAACUUAGUCUUAUACACGGAAAAAUACGGUAGUUUAGGAAGAGGAUGGGAGAAACUAAGUAGUUACUUUUCAAUCUUUUGGGUACAGUUUGCCACAUAUCACCAGUUUUCUCUCUCUCUCUCUCUAAUACAAGGCUAUGUUCAGGGAAUGAGUGACCUGCUUUCUCCGAUUUUAUAUGUGAUGGAGAAUGAAGUUGAUGCCUUUUGGUGCUUUGCAUUGUACAUGGAUCAAAUGGUAAGUCUUUUCAUCUUCAUUCCUGUUGUUAACUUCAGUUACUGUUUCAAGUGUAACUUAUUUCUGUAACUUCUGUUUAUCAUUAAACUUUUGUUAGCAAUUUAUGUAGUGUUUAUCUUGCAGCGUAGCAACAGAUAUAUAAGCAAGAAAUGUAUGUUCCAUAAUUAUAAAGAUAAUGCUGUGUUUCAAUGUUGUAACCUGUGCUGGGAUCUUAGGGUGAAGGGUAAGUAAAUAAUAAUUAUUCUUGGCAUCUAUCUGUCUCGAGAGACAAUGGAAGAGUGUGCCUUCGGGGGUAAAGUCAAAUUGCUGAAGAAUUACAGUGCCUGCUGUGACUGUAGAGACCAAUAUGAGAGAGACCUAUUUUAUUGCAGGUGGGGCAGAUGAAGGUGUCCAGUCUUAUUGGACUCCAGAUUAUUCUAAUUUGCGUAAUUCAAUAAAUUAAAAUUAUCAAACCCAUAUCUUUAAAGCGAGCUGCAUGGAAUGCUGUUAGCAUCCCAACAGGACCAAAAUCACAUUAAUGUUUAGUUUUGUUAUUAUAUAUUUGUUUUGAUUUAAUACUCAUCUUGGCCCUCAUGUAGAAUAAAAAUAUUCUAGAUGCUGUUUCAAUUUGUUUCCCAUUAAGCACCAGAAUUUUGAAGAGCAAAUGCAGGGUAUGAAGACACAGCUGAUUCAUCUGAGUACUUUACUUCGCUUGCUAGAUAGUGGAUUUUGCAGUUACUUGGGUAUGUAUGACAGCUCAGAACAACUUACCACUGAUGAUGAUGAUGAUGAUGAUUAUUAUGUUUUCCAUUUACACAUUUCCCCAUUCUUAUACAGUAGUUCUUUUUGACUUCCCACCCAGCAUUCCAUGACCGUUCUUUUUACAUCUUGUUUGGCUGCAUAUACAUUAUUUUUUUCACCUUAUUUUCCACCCUUUCAUGUCUUUAAUCUUGUCAGCUGUUGGUCACAAAGUUACCUGGAAUUUAUAUUUUAAGUCAUAUUUCUGUAAAUAUUCCCCCAAGUACCCCCACUCACUUCUCAGCCGUUUAUCAUAUUGAGUUCUUAUUUUAGUUGUCACACUGGCUUCUGGUUUUGCCAUGCAAAGGGAAAGCUGUAGCUCAUUGCUCUCCUUCCGAGGGAAAUCAGGCUGUCGUGGAAGUGGGGGGAAAGUGUGGGCUCCACGUUGCCUCAAAAACUCCAGAGCUGAACUGGAGUUCCUAAAGAGCUCCUGCAGCACCAGAGGGUCUCCCCCAAAACCACCUUUCACCAGGAGAAAACUUACCACUGUUCUUAUCUAGAAUCUAGACAGUGGCCGUGUUGGCAUGGCCUGUUAAGUCAGACUUUCUGGCUUGUUGUGGUUUACUGAGAAUGAGCAGCAUGUGCAUGCUGCCCAGUUGCUCCCGCUUCUCGCCUCUGGCAUGACCAGAAUAAAAAAAUCAGGAAGCGUUGGUUUCACAUUAUAUCCGAACCAGGGAUCCAUGAUCAGCAAGCCAACAACAAACAAUUUCUUCAGAUUGGCUCAUGAUCAUGGUUCAGAUGUAUUGGCUUCCUGGUUUGUUCAUCACAUUUAAGCCAGAAGAGGAAUGGGAACAAACAGGCAGUGUGCAUUUCCAGUAAACCGGAGCUUCCUAUUCCUGGUAAACACAGUAAGCCAGAAAGUCUGACUUGGGACAUUCAAACACAGCCAGUUGCUUAAAAUACUUUUCCUACACCAAUUACUUUCUCAAUUGUUAUAAAGAGAGUUCUGUGCUACUUAGAUACUGUUUCAGUCUUGCCUAUCCUCAGUUUUUAACCCUUACUUUCAGAGCCCUUUAGGAAGCAAUGAUUAGACUUCCACUAACAAUUGAUGUUCCAAGAGAGACUUGACUAGGACCACAAUCUCUCAGCCUAACCUACCUCACAGGGUUGUUGUAGGGAUUCACUGAGGAGGAAGGGAUCCAUGUGUGCCACUUUGAGCUCUUUGGAGAAGAAGGUGGGAUAUAAAUGAAGCAAACAAAUGAAAUUAUGGUCCAUAUUUUCCUCAGUUUUCCACCCCAAAAAACUCUAGAACAAACUAACUUUUUGUAAGCAAUUGUCGCCAGCAAAGCUGUUAGAUGUAUUAAUAUAUUAAACAUACUUUAAGCGAUUCACAACCAGCAUUUCUGUCAAAGAUUUAUUUUUUCAUGUUCUUUUUUAAAAACUGUUUUAGAAUCUCAAGAUUCAGGAUACCUUUAUUUUUGUUUCCGGUGGCUUCUAAUAAGAUUUAAAAGAGAAUUCAGUUUUCAAGAUAUUCUUCGCUUAUGGGAGGUAAGAAGUAGCUUUUUAUUUUAGCACCUACCGCCUAAAAUGCUGAAAAUAUGGUUCUGGAGGAAAAUACAUACAAUUUAGCUAAACUGAAUCAUGUUAAAGCAAUGUAUAAACAGUGGCAUCUAGAGGUGGCAAGAGUGUGGCCAUUGGGCCUUGAGUCUGCCACCUGGCUGUGUGGGUGAGGAAGUUCAUAGCUGACCAAGAGGGGAGACUUAUCCUCUCUGGUUUGCUCUUAGGUACUGGAGGAGCAUUUGUAGAUGAACUAGUCUAAUCCCCUGCUUGAUGCAGAAACUGCAAGGUUUAAUUUAAAUCAAAGUUUAAUUUAAAAAUUAUAAUGCCAUCUGACAGAUGGUUGCCCUAUCUCUGCUUGAGGACCUCCAGCGAGGGAGAGCAGCUUGAAGUUAGCAACACCUUAUUCCUCUCAACUGUUAUGUUUUUAUUCCUAUUCAGGAUUUUCUCCUGCAUCCACACUAUUUUAUAAGGUGCUAUUGAAUAAUAGUUCCCAAGUUCUCAUUACUAUCAGCAGCAUGUAAACUUGGAAAAAUGCACAAAGCAUACCAGGGUGAAAGGAAAUGUCUCUGCUUACAACAGGGUGGCUAAUCCAUGGGCCAUAUGUCUGUUCCCCAUGGCAUCUCAAGAAUUCCCUCCACCAUUUAUUACCUUUCAAAUAUAACAAUGUGUUAUGGUGUUUUAAUUGACCACUCCAAUGGGUCCCACACAAUGAUGCCAAAAGGCUUUCUGUAGGUCCCUCACAGCCCCCUCAAAUGUUUCCAUUAAAAAAAAUUAAAUUACAAGUAAUGUUUAAAAUUAUAGGUCCCUGCUAUGAUACUGUUAUGCCAAAAGGUUUUUGGCUGUUCCCCAAAUUUGUCCAUUAAAUUUCUAAAAUAUAUUUAUUGCUGCCACUCUUGUGGGUUGGUUAUGGAUCAGUGCAGCCCUUAGCCCAAAGAAAACUAGCCACACCUGGCUUAUAGCUUUGAAUAACAAUCAUAGGACCCACUUAAUUGCUCCAAUACUCCCUGAUCUGCUACUGCAUGGGUCUGUCACUUUUGCUACCACUAAGAAGGUGACUUGCCCAGAAUAUCAACUGGUGGCAUCAGACCCAGUUUCCUGGCAAAUACAACCUAGUCACUGUAGGCAAAGUUUGUAUUUCCUUUUUUCUGAAGUAUAGAGUGUAUUUCCAUAUUCCAGUUUUAAGAGUCCUGAAAACUUACUUAUUCCUGAAUAAUUCUGUUAAGUAAGUCAACCCAUUUAUUCCACUGCACUACUACAGUCGGACGUUGGAUCCCCAAAGUCCUGGAAUGUGGAUGUUUUGGCUCCCAAACGUCGCAAACCUGGAAGUGAUUGUUCUGGUUUGCAAACGUUCUUUUGGAACCCAAACGUCCGAUGGGGCUUCUGCGGCUUCUGAUUGGCAGCAAGAGCUUCCUGCAGUGAAUCAGAAGCUGUGAUUUAGUUUCUGAAUGUUUUGGAAGUCGAAUGAACUUCUGGAACUGAUUCCGUUCAACUUCCAAGGUUUGACUGUACUGGUUUUCUGAUCCUGAUUUUCAGUGAGGCAUGAAGAUCUGAAGGAUCCACCCAAAAUAUCUGAAAUUCAUUGAGGGUGACAAAUGCUAUCAGGACAUAGCUCUACCGUUUGCCCUUGUCAAGAGCUUCAGAAUGUAGCAUGAAAUUAAUUAUAGAUAGUUAUUAAGCAAGCUAUUAUGUUUUUCUGUCUAGAUAAUAGUUUAAUUAGCUGGCAACCUCUACUGAAAUAUAUAAUAAGUUAGAAAACUAUCCCACCCCCCUCUGAUGUAAUUGUAAGUUGCCAGAAAAAUAAGUGUUUGGGGAGACUGUUAAAACCUUUUAGUACCUUACACUUGUGGCAUCAUGUUCAAGUUCUUGAUUCAUCAGCAACUUCAAUAUUCUGCUAGGUAAUGUGGACAGACUUGCCUUGUCAGAACUUCCACCUUCUCAUCUGUUGCGCUAUCCUUGAAUCCGAAAAGAAGCAAAUUAUGGAGAAGCAUUAUGGCUUCAAUGAAAUACUGAAGGUAUCUGUUGCAUCCAAAUUAUGUUCUAGCCUUUGUUUCUUGUAUUUGAAUACUAUUAGCAUUUCAUUAUGCAAUCUUAUGUGAGAUGGAACAAAUGUUAAUUCUUGGCCACAUUUCUACUGUGAUGAAAGAUGCUCAGUGUAGCUUAGUAGAUCUUAGUAAUUUAUUAACUCAUCAAGUUGAGAGAAAGUAAUAUGAAGUAGAGUUAUCAUAUAGUAUAUAGACUGGUUGCUUGAUUUUCAGAGCUAAGAGCUUACUUUUUAUACUGAGGCUGUUUUAAGUGCUUAAUCGGUGAGCUAUCCUAGGUCAGAGGAUUCCAGUAGAAAUAGGAAGCUCCAGUUGGACCUAGUGAUUUGGCUUCAGGUUAUGGUGUGAGGAGAGGCCACACACAGAAACACACAACAACCCACAAUUCAAGACAAAACUAUCCUAGACUACUGAGGAUUGUGCAGGAAGAUAGCAGUCUCUUCCAGACUUUUUCUACUCUUCUCAGCAUCUCUGCAUAGAGAUGGUGGUUUUGUUGGGUGGUUGCCCCUGAGCCUGGGGAGGUGCAGUGCUGAGGAACUACAAAUCCAAGUAGCAGACAUAAUUUACAUAUUGCAAUCUUAACCAGAUGCUAAUUAUGCGCGUAUAUUAAUCAAGUUAGCAUUUCUUUACUUAAGGUUAUGCUAACACUAGGAGCCAAAGUUCCAUGGCUCAGAAAGCUGUGCUUGGUUGCACUUCGUCAUUCUUUUUGUUCUGUUUUAGCAUAUCAAUGAACUGUCUAUGAAAAUGGAUGUUGAAGACGUACUUUGCAAAGCAGAAGCCGUUUCUAUGCAGAUGAUAAAUUGCAAGGUAAAAGUCAAGCAUAUUUUAUGAACUUUGCAUAAACAAAUGAGAUUUAACCAGGUUGAUAAUUAUUGAAACAAACCCUUUACGGUGUGUGUCGCCUCUGAUGCCUUCGAAUGAAGGGUGGUAUGCAAAUUUAAGAAGUAAAUAAUGAUGUCAUAAACUGCUGCAAUACUCAAAAUGGUACUGUGCCUAGAGAUAAAAUGAAAUCUAUCUAUACCAAUUUUAAAUGAUACGGAUUUUCUAGUCAUCCUAAAACUGCUUAUUGAACAUCUUUUCCUUCUAGAAUUAAGAAAAGGCAUAUUUUAGCUCAAACUUACAUGCAUUUAAGGAUAUGCUUCUUGUGUACUUAGCAUGUUAACUUCAAAGAACAGCAGCAAUAACUUAAAAGAGCAACCUGUGCCACAUUUUUCCUUCUUCAUAGGAAUUGCCUCAAGCAGUCUGUGAGAUCUUGGGAUUAGAGAACAGUGCUGCAACAACACCAGAUUCAGACACUGGGGAAGAUGAAACUGCUGGUGGAAUAAGUCACUCUGCACCAGCCUAUCCAAAUAUCUCCAAGCCUGUUGCUGCUGCCAAUGGAACAAGUGAAAGUAUUGAGCAAGUGACCCCCACCAUGCUGACAGAUUGAAUCUUGCACAAUUAUUUGUCUGCAUUUUUGAAGAGACACUUUAUUAUACCUGUUUUGUUUCUUUCAAGCACUUGAGGUGGAUAUUUAAGUUGUUGUUUUGAUUAAGCUUUAAAGAUUUGGAAAACAGAUCAUGUACUGUAAUACUCUUACAUCAAAGCUUUACAACAUGACCUAAUUAUUUUUGUAGUUUCUUCUACCAAAGUAGCCUUCCCCCCCUCCCCCAGAUAACAUUCCUUAAUACUUUUGUAGCCAAGUGCAUUUUUUUCCUUUUUGGUAAAAUGGAAAUCAGAUGAAUGUGAAUGGCAUGGAAAUAAAUGCUUCUGUAUCACUUUGACUUUGAGAAGUCUUGAGCAUGGAUGGUUCUUGGAUAUCAUAAGAUUCAAAAGUCUUCUAUACUAUUUCCUAUGUGAAAAGAUGCUAACUUCAUAAACAGUGCUUUGUAAAUGAAAGGAUUAUGUCCUUUCUCAAAUGUUUACAAAAACACUUGUUAAGUAUUUGUGGUUGUUGAAUGUAGAUUUGCAAUGAAGAUUUACAUAUGUGCAGUUCCCUGAUCUUGAAUUUUGUAAUCCAGGGGGUUGGCUGAACAGUACAUUUUUACAUUUUAACACCUCUUCACUUAUACAUAUUCAAACUUGUGAGUAUUAAAGGAUAAAUCUAUUUUUGACUAAGUAAACUUGGCUUUUCAUUCAGGCAAUUUUGACCGAAUUUUAAUACAUAACUGUAAACCUGCCUAUUUUUGAAAAAUCUUUUUUUCUUAAGGCUAUAUUCAGGUUCUGAAAUACUUUUACAAUGGCUUUCUCGCUUACUUAACAAAUAACGUUUCUUUGCUGAAUAGUAUAGUAACUGAUUAAAAAAAAUCAGCUUCAACUGCCUUUAUGCUAGACUACUUGAUUAAAUAAAAGCAGUUAAAAAUAAAUGCAAAAUACUAAUUAUGUUGGGUGUGUUUCCCUCAUGUAGUUCUGCAUAAGCUCCCAUGGAGGGCACAGAUAGAACGGAAGAUUCUUAUGGCGGAUUGUGCCCAUUGUCCUUAAUAAAUGACUUACAUAUGAGAAAACUCUAUGCUUAUAUGAUACCAUUCUUUCCAUUUUUAUAGUAAUGUGGGAUCUGACAUAGAUUCAGUUGUAUUUGUUCCUGAGAACCAUUGUACAUAGUAUGAAAUAAAAUGCAAAAAUUA